UUUCUAGUGGACUAGGUCGACCCCAUUUAAGCUUCAGUCGGGGUUCGCGUCUUUCCGACGGUAUCCUGUUCUCCGACAAGACCGGUUCUUUCCGGCUCAGAGGCCCGACCCCUCUGGCCGUUAGGCCGUUUCCGACGCCUGGCGCUUCACUUUGGGACGGGACGGAGAACGGUGGCGGCUGCCACUGAGGGUUUGGAAUUAUGAGCAGGCUUAUUUCUGGAGAAACAAGUAACAGUACAGAUUUGGCUGCAGUAUCUACUGAUGAAACCACUGUUUCAAGCACCAUGCCGUUCACUUCAAUGUCCAAUACUUCCAUCAGCUUGGUUGCUACUAAGCUCUCAUCUACAACAGCAACAACAACCACCACUACUGUCACCACCACUACCACCACUACAGUUAGCAGUGGUUUUGCCCUGAGUGUAAAACCACUGGCAGCAGCUUGGAUUAAUGCUGACCCAGGCAGUGUUCGUUCUGUACCUUUCACUUCGACUGUUAAUUCGAUAACGACUCCUGUGAUGACAUAUGGACACCUGGGAGGUCUGGUGAACCAGUGGAGCCUUGAUCUAGAGGAACAAGAUAAACAGUUUCUUUUUCAAGCCAUGCUAGUCAAUGCUUGGGACCACAUCUUGGUUGAGAAUACUGAGAAGAUUAUUGCCUUGCAUGAAGAGGUGCAAAAAGUGAAACUGGCUCAGAAAAGGUUGGAAGAAAAACUGAACAUUAUCCUGUCAGAGCAGGAGGAACUGGAAGAUGUGUUGACUCCUUUGGAGAAAGCUGUGGAGAAGCAACAGGGAUCUGUUUCUCUUCAGCAUACACAGGAGGAGCAUGAGAGGAUUUACAGAUUAGCACAGAAUAUAGAUGUUCAGCUGAAACAAAUGUCCAAAGAUCUCGAGGACAUCAUUAACCACCUGAACGCAUUUGAAAUUCCUGAUAACACUACUGACCCGGAACGAUGCAGAGGAGGAUAGAAAAGAUAACGUGCAUCUCCAAGUAUUGUCACCGCAAGGAGUAGAAACGCACUAUCAAGAUUGCUUCUCAUUGAAAAAUAAUAUCUUCAGCAUGUUUUUGGAUUGUUAACUAUGAAUUCUGCUGAUGCCAAACAGAGUAGUAUUUACAGCUAUUCUUUUAUUGUAGCUAAUUAUACACGUGUUUGAGAAUUAUACAGUAGCUUUGCUGAAAUAAAUCAAAGCUGUAUUUACCCGCUUCGACAAGCAAGAACUUAUUAGAUGUUGAUUCUGUGUGUGUGAUUUAGAUCUUACUCUCCUUCGUUCCACAACCUCCCACCAACAGCCAUCUUCUUUUUCACUUUCACUGAAUUGUCGAGUUGUUUUCCCAAUAAAUGUGCCCAGAGCCUUUACUAUGUGUUUGUUACACACAAUGCAGUGUUAUUUACUAUAAAGUAUGUCUCCUCAAUAAAACCUUACUGUCUAGUUUGAGAUAUAAGUAAUUCCCAUCUGGAUAAAAACAAUAUUGAUAAUAUGAAGAAGUAUGUUUUGAAUUGAAGUGUUAGUAGCAACUCAGAAAAGGGCAGAAAAGUUACAAUAGUUUCAGAGUUUGAAUUAGGUUGUUAAGAGGGUAAAAAAAUUCAGUUAUUUUUUGAUCAGUAGAUAUCAUGAGGUUCAGUUUGUUUUUUAGCAUGUGAUUUGUAGUUGGCAGUUUUAUGUGUUAUUUUUUUAAGGAAAAAAAAAAUCUUGCUCUUAACUUUGAAACAGUCUGGUCUCUUACAUUUUCUUGUUUUACCUAAAUCACAAAUGUGAUGGUCUAAAAAGAAAAAGGUAUAUCAAAAUAAACUACCUGAAAGAAUUUAAGUGACUAGAGCUUACUUGCCUAUUCUUACUGGGUUGAAAUUUUAUUUUACUGCUGGCAGAUAACCCAUCAUGAGGGGUACACACCACAGGAAGAAAAUAUGUUUGAAAUGAAUAUUGUCAGUGAAAAAAUAUCAGAACUUACAUGUUCUGUUUAUUCUUAUCAAAUUUCUGAAAAGUGGCUUCUGGUCAGGUGGGUUUUUGUAACCACUCAA